UCCCCCGCACCAUCGACAUCCAGCCGCCAACUCGAUGCACUGCAUGCAUUGCAUUCACCCGUGAUGCACAGCCGUGUCACCUCAGUUACAUCAGUAAUAUCAGAUAGUGGUAAACUACCUCCUCCACCCCCGCGCUCGUCUUCGAUGGUUGCACCCCUGCCACCGCCGAAACUCUAUUCACCGAUACCGACACCAGGACCUCUACCGCCACCUUCUUCAUCAGCCCCAGUAUCGGCAACAACCUCAACCUCAGGUUCUCCUGCAGCGUCAACUCCGUCCCUCCCCUCCACCUCAUCCGCACCUGCAUCUUCCUCUGCACAAAUACGUACAUCCACCCCUACGCGGUCUGCAGCACCCUACCGUCCAGGCUUUCAACCCAAGGGCGUGUAUCGGCCCCGCACGGAUGAAUUUUCUGAAUACCGGACGAAACGUGUUGACGAGGGGCGGAUAGAACAGACAAAGCUAGAGCGUAGGCUCGAAAAGCUUAUCGCUCUGCAUUUUCCUGUGGAGAAUUCUGUUGAGAAGGGCGUGGGUGCGAGGAAAGAUGAGGUUAGUGUCAAUGGAAGGGGAAUGGAAAAGAGGAGGGCUUCGUCGUUUUUUAAUCUCGACCUUAAGAAUAUGGAUGCGAGUGAACUGUGGAAAGGGGUAUUGCAAAGCCAAAUGAUACAGGGCUCCAACGGUGAUACUCGAGCUGCAGAGCAGCGGAUAACACCUUGGCAAGAUGAUGCUGCCGUAUCUAAAUGUCCUUUAUGCGUCGCGUCGUUUCACCCACUCACAAACCGUAAACACCAUUGCCGCCUUUGCGGUACCAUCAUCUGCAGUCUUCCUCCAAAGCUCCCGCAGCGCCACAGCCCCUGUUCAGUACUUUUCGUCGUCGAUGCCAAGACGCGGCGCAUCGAGGAGGUCGGGGAGGGCGUCGAUUACGGUGUGCGUCGUGCGGGUGCCGGCGAGGAGGAGAAAUUUCUCCGCGGCGUCAGAAUAUGCCGUAGCUGCAGGCCUGUGCUCACGCGACAGCAGUAUUGGCAGGAGAUGGCGAGCGUACCGCCGUUUGUAAGGUUCUAUGAUGCAUUCAUUAGUCUCGAGAAAGAGAUCGAGGAUGCGAUUCCCCAGUUUCAGGACCUGCUUCUUACACUCAGUAAUGACGACCAGCCGACUAAAGAAGCGUCCGCAGCACGGAAGCGUCUUCUGGAUGCCUUUGCUCAAUAUGAUGUUUUGGCCAAACGAAUACGUGAUAUUCCUUGCAAUACAGGGUCUUCCCAGAACCACGUGCAGCUUGCAGUCCUCAGCAGGGCGAAUCUAUUUUUGCAGAAGCAUAUGUUCCCAUUGCAGUCCCUGCCCAAGCCUAAAAAGCGCGACUCAACAUCGUCACCUGUCCCUUUCGAGACACCACUUGUGGACCCCGAUUCAGACCUAGCCCAUACACUACAACCGCUUCUAGAACAAGAGGCUCUUCUCGAAUCCUUUGUCGGCGAGGCGAUGGCGCAUCGCAAGUUCGAAGAUGCGAAGACGCUCAAGGCGAACCUCGCCGAAAUCAGAGCCGAAGUCGAUCGUAUGCUAGGUGAUGCUGUGCGGUGAGAUGGAGACGCGCAUGGGGUGAUUAUAGCCGGGGUGAUCAUAGCUGGUUGACGACUCAUUCAUACACGCAAACACGAUACUAUCUUAUGAAUCUAGCAUUACAUCCGCAUCCUCGUUUUAUCGCUCUGAUAGAUCUUAUGCUUUGGGACCCUUUUAUUUCACAUACACAUUACCUUCAUGUAGGAUCCAGCAUAAUAUAGGCAUGGAAUUUUGAAAGCAAAAGACAAUA